ACCGCUUAUGCCCAUCUACUGGAUUAUAAACAAAAAUUUCUGGAGGCCGGACAGAGAUACGCUGAACUGUCGAUUCGAUUCCAGUGGAUGGAUGAAAGCGAACGUGUAGCGUUUCUUGAGCGGGCUUUGGCUGCGGUCUUUCUUGCGGGUGCCGGACAUCAGCGAACUCGACUGUUGGCUACACUAUACAAGGACGAACGUUGCCAAGCGUUUGACGCAUAUCCUGUCCUUGAGAAAAUGUACAUGGGACGCCUGAUUAAUCGAUCCUCGCUGCGCAGUUUGGAACCGUUAUUCGAAAAAUUCUAUCCGCAUCUAUUGAAACCAAAUGGGAGCAAUACGCACGGAAAAGCCUCCGGUCAGGCACAGUCUGUUGAAGGUCUGCUCGAGCGAGCUGUAGUGGAGCACAAUAUGGUCGCAGCUAGCUUGAUCUACAACAAUAUCAGUCUGGUCAAUUUGGGUGCAUUAUUAGAAAUCUCUCCAUCCGAGGCUGAAGCGAUCGCAUCACAAAUGAUAAGUGAGGAUAGACUCAGUGGACAAAUCGACCAGAUUGAUAAUGUGAUUCACUUCAAAUGUCAGGAUCCGGUACUGGCCUCAUGGAGCACACAGGUAAACAGCCUGUGUGCUGCGGUGAACCGGAUUGUAGAGGACAUGGAAGCUGCACAUCCUGAUUGGGUGCACGGUCAACUGAACGCCCGAAUGGCCGUGGAUCCUGCCAUUUAA